UGAAAGGUUCCUAUUGCGACGAAGCAGAUAAGAAAAUGGAUUAAACAGAACAACAGAACUCGACAAAAUGGAUCGUAAGGACGACGAGGAAAAUCCGCCUGGAUCUUCCGACUCUAAACACAAGAGAAGUCACAAAUAUUUUCCAGACAUGGUGCGUAAGAAAAAGAAAACGGAAGGGCUGAAAUUAGGCGGUCCACCAGAGAAUCUCCUUCCGGAAAUCACCUCGGCACUUCCUGCUGAGGGUGCAUGCGGCAGUGACGUUAAUAUUCAAUCAGCUCCUAUAGAUGGGGAUGGCGAUUCAACAGAUUCAGAGUGUUCAAUGGACCGGCCGACUCUCCUGGAACAAUUAAAGACCAUACUUGAUAGCUACCAAGACGCUCAAAUCAUUCGGGAACUAGUACAAAACGCAGAUGACGCCAAUGCCUCGGAGAUGAAGAUUGUUUAUGUGAAUGAUGACGCCGAGACAUCACAAGGGAAAAGCUGUUAUUCGGAUUAUUUCAGGGCGCCUGCGCUGUGUGUUUAUAACAACGGGAUGUUUAGUAAACAGGACUGGAAAUACAUCAAAAGCAUCUAUAACAGUGGCAAGCGAGAAGACACUCUCAAAGUGGGCAGAUUUGGUCUGGGAUUCAAGUCGGUCUUCCAUAUCACAGAUAAUCCAGUGAUUAUUAGUAAUGACCGAGCAAUGAUCAUCGAUCCUUUCCGGACACAAAGAGGACAUGGUAACGAUUGCCAGGUUUUGACCUUUAAGAAACUUCGGAAAUCUUUAAAACCACAUUACAAACAGGCUAUUGAAGCGAUUAAGUCUGUUUAUGGACAUUUCGGAUUUACAAACAAAUCUCUGGAGGACACUUACUCUGGGAGUAUCUUUUGGUUUUCUUUGCGCCGCUUUCCCUCAGAGUUGUCGACCAGAGUCUUUGACCAUAGUGAUGUCACAGAGCUGAUCGACAGUUUCAAGAAAGAGGCCGCUUCUUUGCCACUUUUUCUUAAGAACAUCGGUCUGGUUUCGUUUUCUGACCAGGAAAAAGAAUCCGCAUCAUUCUACGUAAAAUGCGACGUGUUAGAAAAAGAGGAAAAGAAAUCAUUUAACGAGAAAUUGAAGGCAUGUAACGGUGUAAGUCCCAAUGACAGUAUAAAAGCAAUAUAUCGUGUCGACAUUUCUCUUAAGGACGGUCAACAUGUAAAUGAACAACGCUGGGUUGUUUGUAAUUAUAUAAAAGGCCGAAGCGAUCUUUCCGUAGAGCUCAGAGAAUUGGCCGAGGACAAACAACUGUCGUAUAGUCCUUUCGUAGGACUUGCAACACCACUCGACUACACUACGGAUAUACAAUUUCAUGGACAAGUGUUUUGUUUUCUUCCCCUUCCAAAUACGAGUGAAAUUCAAACGGGGCUGCCUCUGCAUGUCAAUGGGUUUUUUGCCCUCAGUCAAGACAGACAUCACGUAAAAUGGACACCAGAUGACCAAACUGAACGAAUGGACCCGCCUCAGAAAUGGAACCGCUUACUAUGUGAAGAAGUACUUGUAGAUGUGUUCGUCGAUACGGUGGAGUACGUCAAGAGCCUCACUGUUACAGACAAUUGUACGGAAUGCGAUACCAACAUUGUAUAUAGCAUACUUCCGUCACAGAAAAACAUUCGACCAAAUUGGGAUGCGGUUUUUAAUCCCUUGUGCAGACGCCUCAGGGACAAGACCAUUUUUUAUACCAAUAAUGGCGACAAAUGGAUAAAAGCAGAAGACGCAAUCUUUUCAAUUUUACAAUGUAUAAAAGACGAACUUGAACCAAGCACCAUCCGACAGACAGAACAGUGUAUAUUUGAUCUUUUACUCAAGUACCAACGUAAUGUUGUGAAGGUUCCGUCUCACGUGGCGGAAAUGUUUCCUGAUGUGCCUAGAAUCACACCAAAGUAUUUGAGAAAUGUUCUAAGAGAAAGUAAUAUCUACGGUAGACUUCCAGUCAAACAACAAAUUUUUCUGUUACAAUUCAUUCUCGCAGAUCGACAGUAUGAUGACCUUCACGACCUCAUGUUGCUUCCACUCGAGGACGGUACCUUUAGAUCAUUUGACGCUGAACAGCCUGUGUACCGUUGUACGGCAAGUGAGAUGAAGAUGUUUCCUGGGACUGAAAGGAACUUCAUCAAAUCAGACUUACCGCAACAAAUAGCUGAUCAUCUGAAAGAAAUCCAGAAAGCAGGUUUCUGCAACCUGAGGACUCUGGACGCAGACGGAUUUCCUACCUUACUUAACGAGACAUUGACUGCAAAUGGAAAUAUUGGAGCCAACGGAUGCUUUAGUUCUACCACCCGCCACAUUACAAUGAAAUGGCUCGACCACGUCUGGAGCUAUAUCGGUCAGAAAAAUCAUCAAGUCCAGGAAACUUUUGAAAAGUUGAAUUUGGUUCCUGUAGAGGGUAACUGUAUUUCAGGUGAAGGAUUGAAACUCAUGCCAUUAAAGGGGUUGUAUUUGGUGACAGAUUUCGAUGGAAUGGCUUCGCUUGAUCAAAACCUGUGUAACGCUUUAGAAAGGCUACCAAUUACUGUCAUCAGACAUAUUGCCAAAGGUGAAACACAUACCUAUCUAAUGGGUACCUAUUGCAAGUAUCCAAAUCUCGAAGGACUGCUUGAACUUUUAGAAAGUCUGUGUAAAGUCUGUAUAAGACGAGAGUUACUCGAGGAAAAGACACGACGGUUCAAUGACCAAUGCAAUUCCGAAGAAAAAACAGCUUUGCUGAACUUUCUUGCAAAAGACUGUCAACAUUCUAAUUCAAAUGCUGAUAGAUUUAUCAGAGAAUUGGCUAUAUUUCCAGAAACAACAAACGAAAACACCGUUUUAGAGUAUACAUCUGUAGCAAAGAACGGACACAUAGCGUGUGAAAACAGCAUCCCAGUUAAAUAUCAUUUACCUCACUUGCACUUGGAUAACAUACAGAGGAUGCUUGCUGAACGACUAGGAGCAAAGGAAAUUUCAGAGACGAAGCUAGUUGAAAAUAUCCUUCAAGCCAUGACCAACACUCCUGGCAUCUAUGAAAGAUCAAGCAUUGAAACUUUCAUGAUGUAUGUACUGAGGUACUGUACAAGGCUGUCCUCAAGUGAAGAUUUGAAUGAUAUCAUCUUUUUAGGUUCGGGGAUCAAAUUCAUUGCAACUUCGUCUUCAUCGAGCACAACAGAGCUAGCACCGAUCCGGGCAUUCUUUGAUCAUACUAAUCAAGUACUUAAGGAGUUGUUUCGUUUUGACGACAGCAAGUUUCUCAUUAAAAAAUAUCAGAAGGAGGAAUUAGAGUCUGUACUUAGAAACUUUGGUCUCAAAUCCGAUAAGGACGUUAAAGAAGACGAUGUUUUAAAUGUGGUACGAGUACUUGAUCGAGAGUGCCGAAAAGGGAAACAGGCGCAAAUGGAGGAAAUUCGUCAUUGUUCAUUUAAAGUAAUGGAAAUACUGGAGAGGAUGGAAAGGGAAUCCACUGUAAAUUUGGAUUUAAGGGAAUAUCGAUGGAUAUCUUUCAUCGACGAGAAACCAGUUCAUUAUCCGGAUAUACUACCUUGGUGUGCGGAUCAUUGCCAGUCUCCUCUAUGUACCCCGCAAGAUGUAUCCUCGAGUAAACACGAGACGCAGGCGGCAUCUGUUAAAUGUAUCGUGGACACCUCUAGCUGUCCUUGCCUUGCAAACAAAUACGGAUGGAAUAAACCUCCAGAUGCUGACACAUGUCUUCUUCAAUUGGAAGCGGUGAGAAACGUCUUCUGUAUUAAACACAAAGCCAAGUUGAAUGGUAUUUUAAAAGACAUAUACCAACAACUGUUUGAUGAUAUCAAUUCAUUGGAUCAUGAACUGGAAUCACAGCCGAUCAUUUGUACAGGAGCGACUUUUCAUCUUCCUAGAGAUGUGUUUAUAUCUUUUCCCUUGGACGAGAACAUCCAUCUGGAGCCUUAUAUGUACAAACUUCCUGUUGAAUUUGAGGAGUUCUCUAAAAUGUUUGUUGAACUAGGGUCAGUUCAAGAACUUGAAAUAAAUUCAUUGAAGUUAAUCCUUACAACAAUUAGGACAUCAACUAGGCCGUCAACGACCGAGAAAGAUAGACAGAUGGUUGUUAAAAUUCUUAAAAUAAUAUCAAAUCUACGAGAUGCAAAUGAUAUUCUGAGUGAUGUAUUAGUACCUGUCCAAUCACAGAAUGCCAAUCUGGUAUUACAGCCGGUAAAAGAUUGUACGUACUCCGACGAGGAUUCAGGCUGGUUACAAAAUGAAGAGGAUGAUGACGUCAAUUAUGUCCAUUCCGAUGUUGGUGCUAAAUUAGCGGAAUCGCUGGGCGUUCAGUCUUUCACUCAGAGAUUUUUAUCAGACGGUGGAACAGAAGAAAUGACUGUAGCAUGUGGACAGUCUGAACCUCUGACGACAAGACUUAAACAUUUGUUGGAAAACUACCCAGAUGGAUUAGCAGUGCUGAAGGAACUUGUUCAGAACGCAGACGAUGCAGGAGCUAAAUAUAUUCAUUUCCUAAAUGACGAAAGACAGAAUAAAGAGGCGACAGUAGGCUUAAUCGACGUUAACAUGGCAAAAUGCCAGGGUCCAGCGUUUUGGGCUUUCAACGAUGCUGUUUUUACCGAACAUGACUUUGAAAACAUUGUCCAACUUGGAGGGGAAACCAAAAAAGCAACGAGAACCAAAAUUGGAAAAUUCGGGCUUGGAUUUUGCGCCGUUUACAAUAUAACAGAUGUUCCCAGUUUUGUAAGUGGAAAUUCUCUGGUAAUCUUUGAUCCUCAUACUACUCAUCUAGGGAAAGCCAUCAAGAACAAAAGCAGCCCAGGAAUUCGGUUGACCAUUACAGAAAAAAGUUCUGGUAUGCUAAAGCGAAUGAGGAACCAGUUCAUGCCAUACAGCAACAUAUUUGGAUGUGAUUUGUCUGGAGACACUAAACCUCUCAAGUUUGAAGGAACGCUUUUUCGAUUUCCAUUAAGAACAAAGCAACAGGCAAUAGACGGUGAAAUAAGAAUGAUCGGAAAGGCUUAG